AUGAACCACAAUCCUUUCCGCUCAGGCGAGGGUUCUGACGCCAUGCUUCUUCCCAAGUCCGAUGGAACCAUCGAGCCAUGGGACCAGUCGCCUCAGGAGUGCGGCAUAAACCGUCACUACGCAACCGCAGAGGAUCCAGGUCCGAGUGCAGACGUCGUCUAUCGUUGCAGCCGAGUUGCUUGUCGUUCCCUCCUCCAUCCCAAGUGUCUUGACAAGUUCUGUCUUCCAUGGAUGGAGCAGUUUACGCUCCAGAAGUACUGUCCCCUUUGCGGACCUGCGUGGCCUCUCAAGGUCGAGCACAAAGAGGGGGAGGGUUGGUGCAGCUGGGGGGACUGUAUGUUUGAGGAUGCUAUGCAGAAGGUGAAGCGUGAGCGGCAGCCGACCCUGAUUCCCCCGGCACAGGAGAUGCACUGGGAAGAGCAGCAGUCGUCUCACGUGCAGGGGCAGUCUGUUGAAGCCCAGCAGCUGCAUCUGCAGAUACAACCUGCUGAAACUCUCGGGGGAGACAGCGUGGACUCCUCUCGAAUGCUGUCGGAUUUGCAGCAGGAGCAGCAGCACCAAUCCAGUCCAGCCCUCGGGGGAGGCAGCGGGCCUCACUCUUCACAAACAUGGUCACAGCAGCCUGUGCAGCAAGGAUCGUCUCAUGCCCUCGCAGAUUGCCGCGAGAUGCUCCGUUCAAUGCAAUCGAAGUCGGAGGUGCUGAAGUCUACUCGAGAGUCUUGUGAAUUGCUCGCAGAGCCCGCUUCUUCUCAAUCGGGAUUGCAGCAGCAGCAGCAGCUGUAUCGGCAGUCUCAGUUGCAGAAUCUACCUCUAGAUAAUGAGAGAGACCUUUUGAGACCUCUUUCUGUUCAAGCGGCGUUUCACCAGCAACUUCAUCCUGCUGGAACCCUUGGAAGAAGCCGCACUUCGUCCUCUUCUGUACAGCCGGCGGUGCAACAGCAUUCCUUUCAAGCCUCUGGGGCAAGCUAUAUGAGAAGCAAUCUAGAGACUUCUUCGAAAAAUUCCGGGUUCCAGGAGCGACAACCCGGUGGAGGCCCCAGUACCCCAAUGUCUCCCGUGCAUACCAGCUCCCAACUGCAGCACAACUCUGUGCAGAAAGGCCAACGCCGGUCAAGGUAUUCUGACCGGAACAUAAGUUAUCAAUAUGCGGAGAUCGGUGGGCGAUACAAGUGUUUAAAGCCGUUGGACAACGGCGACAUUUGUGGCAAGACAUUCACGCGUUCAAAUGACGUGGAGCGGCAUUGGCGCAGGAAGCAUGAAGGGAUAAAACCCCACUGCCCCGUGUGUAAUCGUGGUUUGGCCAGUAAACAAACUUUGGAACGUCAUCUGUUGAUUUUCCAUGGGAGCAACGAGGCGAUUGGAAAUAUGGGGUGA